CUGUCAACACAAAUCUAUUGCAACAUCACCAAUAUCAACACAAUGAUGCUCCCUACUGCUCCCGUUGUCCCCAUGGAUUUGGGUGACGACUUCAAGUUCGGUCCUACCGUUCUUGACCCCAUUCAGCCUGAGGACCAAGAUAACCUGGUCCCCAUCAAUGGCUUCCCCAGUGUUGACCCCGCAGGUGGUGAUGUUGCCAUGUCCCAGCUUGAUGUUCUGGCACACUUCUUUGGAACAUACAGCGGAUUCGGCUUCAAUACCAUUUUCCGCCCCAAUGGAACAACUACUCCUACACCUCUUCCUAUUCUUCCUCCAUCUGAGGAUCCCAAUGACAACAUCCUUCAGCUCAACCUUACAUCUGAGUCCCUAGCCUUCGCUAAGGGACGUCUUGAUGAUGUCCCUAACCGUGGUCUUGACACUCAGGCUGAUAUCAUGCUCAACGGUGUGCCAUACACCCAGACAAUUGCUGAUAUCACCGAGAUGGUGAAGCCACCCAAGAAGCAGCCCGUCAUUCACUUUGAGCCUGGUCUGUGGAUGCACGUUCCCGCCAGUGAGCAGAUGCCUGUUCUUGCAGCUUCUCUGUCCCGCAUGGCUUCUAUUCCUCACGGAACCUCUAUCAACGCCCAGUCUUUCACGGCUACCAUCACUGCGAAGGGUGCACCUGUCUUCUCGCCAGUUGACAUCACCCCAACUGUUGUUGGCGGCACUCAGAAGAUUCCGUUCAGAAGUCAGACUCUCACCAAUAACAACACUCACCGUCUUCCUCAGGAUCUUUCAAGCUUCGACAAGGCCGGUACCAUCACGCAGGCUAUCUUGACUGACCCCAACACUGUGCUCCGCAACGCCAACGUCGGAAAGAACAUCAUUGAGAACACAACCUUUGAAGUAUCUUCACAGGCUCAGAACCCCAACCUCGGCGGCGGAACCAGUAACAUUGGUUUCCUCAUCGGUGCUGACGCUGGUGCCACCUCUGCCUCAGUCCAAGCCCGAAGCGGCAACGCGAACGCCGUCACAGUUACAGCUCAGUACUGGCUCUCCAGAGUUCGAACCCAGAUCAACCUUCCUGCUUGCCAAAGCGCAGACAAGAAGACUGUUUCUCCUGCUUCUCACGGUCCACGUGAUGCCGUUCCCAGGUUCUUGGUCGACAUUGACGUUCCGGCUCCCAAGACAGUCAACAUUGAGUACAUCCAGAUUCAGUAUUCACAGAAUGUUUCCCUUGAUUUCAAUGGUCUUUCGUGGCCUCACGUGACAGUUGGAACUUUGGCACCAACCAUCCGUCACAAGUUGUCUCAAGUUCUUGUAUCUCACUAGACAGUGUUAUGAUCCAGGUAGCUGGGACUAUCAUUGAAGGAUAUGUAGCUUUGCUGUGGGCGCGCUACGGCGUUUUGGCCCAACAUAUAGCGAGUUUAAACUCGAGCUCUGAUAUAACAUUCAAUUUCUUCACAA